UUCUAUUGCUGAUUUUUUAGAAAAAAAACUCAUUCCCCCUCUUGCUUGCUUUCAACAGACCUCACAGUCGUCCCAGCCCUUUCAUUGAGACAGGUUUCUCCCACGCAGCGAUAAAAUACAAGAAAGGGCCGCAACGCACAGCUUUUUGCCUCUCUUUAGACCUCGACCGAGGCUGACUGAGCGCGUCGGCAUCGCGCAUCCGGCCAAAACAUCAACUAGGGGAACGUCUCCUCACAAUUAAGACGCCAUAUACUGCUUGCGCUAAAAAGGACGUCUACUGCAGUCUCAAAGGAGGAUAACCCACGGCAAACAGUAAUAAAAAGCGUGGAAUAUUGUGCCACACCAAGGUAAAAUGUCCGAUGUCGACGGAAAAAGGCGUAAGAUACAGCGGGCCUGUGAUGUAUGCAGGCGAAAAAAAAUUAAGUGCGAAGGGCCCAUGAAUAGCCUGAGUGAUGCCAAAUGUGCUCACUGUGAAGAAUACGGCAUGGAUUGCACGUACGUCGAGGCGGCAAAGAGAAGGGGGCCUCCAAAAGGUUACGUUGAGACACUGGAGCAAAGAGCUGGACGAUUAGAGAGGAUGCUGCAACAGAUUUAUCCUGGUGUCGAUUUAAACGAAUAUGUGGGGCCAAAGCCGGACAGGGAAGACUUUGAUAUCAGUGCGUAUCAUGGCACUCUUCGUUCCCUCAAUAUCCCACCAUAUCCAGCCUUAAAGCCUCUACAUUCCGAACAUCUUGUCACUCCACAUACAUCUCGUUCUACUUCGGUUGGCACAUCUCCGGCGGCCCCAGCACCUUCACCCUCAAUGCAAGCGCUGGGUCCCUCUCCAUGGCGAAUGUAUGAAAGAGAUCCUGCGAAACCUGCUGAAAAUGAGUCCGACGUGGAAGAAGAGGCGGCUGCGCAGCUGUCUAUAGCUACAUCAAUGAGUCAGUUAGACAUUCGCGACAGCCAUUGGCGUUGGCAUGGUCGGGCGUCAGGGGCUUUCCUUAUGCGACAGUUUGAAGAUCUCAAGUCAGCGACAGGUAAUACCUCAAGUAUCAUACAAGACAUCAAUAACCACAAACGACAACAAUUCUGGCAUGUCCCAGAAUGGGAACUUGUCAUUGCGAACGAAGGCUUACGCCCUCUUGACUACUCUAUCUGGCCAGAAAAAGGCCUAGAUCAACGACUUAUCGACGCAUAUUUUGAUAACGUCAAUCUUCACCUGCCCUUACUUAACCGUAAAUUCUUUCAACGACAAUACGAUUCUGGUAUGUGGCGGAACAAUCCCGGUUUCUCGAGAGUCUGUUUGCUGGUUUUCGCCAAUGGAUCGCGGUUCGUGGAUGAUCCACGGGUCUACUGGCCUGCAAAUUUGUCGAUGACAGAGGAAGGGAGUGAACGCCUUGCAACGGACAAAGACGGUACGCUCCGUUACUCGGCUGGCUGGAAAUACCUCCGCAGCCUUCUUCGCAUGGGAAGAAGUAUCAUGCAGGGACCAAAUCUGUAUGAAUUUCAAACCCAGGUCCUCAUUUGUCAAUUCUUGCAGGGGAGUGCUGUCCCACAUCUUAUGUGGAUUUUGUCAGGCUUCGGUCUCCGCUCGGCCCAAGAACUAGGCAUUCAUGUUCGGGCCACUUUACUCCAUGCCGAUCCUACCGAGCGAGCUCUUUACAAUCGCGCGUUUUGGUGCUUGUACCACAUUGACCGGUAUAACUGCGCUGCGAUUGGCCGAUCAGUCGCUAUACAGGAUUCUGACUUCAAUGCGGAUUAUCCAAUUGAGGUCGAUGAUGAGUACUGGGACACUGGAGAUACUGAGCGCGACUUCAAGCAGCCAGAAGGGAAAAUCUCAUUAAUAACGUCCUUUGUCCAAACACUCAAACUCGAUCACAUCAUGGGCGCAAUAUUGCAGAACGUGUACGCAAUCAACAAGCUUCCAGAGCAGCGAGCGGACAUUGCUGCUCAGCGUGCCAUCGUUGUUGAGUUAGACUCUGCCCUCAAUUCUUGGGCUGACAACGUUCCACACGAGCUUCGCUGGGACCCUAGUUGCUCCGACUAUCAAUUGUUCCGCCAGUCAGCUGUGCUAUAUAUCUAUUAUUACUACUGCCAAAUCCUAAUCCACCGUCCCUUCAUUCCUGGCCCGCGAAAUCAACAUGCCGCCGAUCUACCGUCCCUUGCAGUUUGUGUCAAUGCCGCUCGGUCAAUCUGCAACAUCACCUAUGCGGCACUCAAAAGAGGUAGACAGGAGGGGUGCUUACCCGGACGAGCCCUAAACGUCUCGUUCAUGCUGCCAACAUGGAUCGCUGCCAUUAUCCUUGUGAUCAACAUCUACUCUGGGAGACAAACAGCGGCCGAACGAGAAAAGGCUUUGAUCGACAUUGGGCGAUGUGUAUCGGCAAGUAAGGAGCUGGAAUUGAUAUGGAGGCAAAGCGGUAAAUACACCGACUUUUUGUUGCAAUUGGCAAGAGAGGGCGGAAUGCCCAACGCCGACAAGGUGCCUAUGGUCGAGAAAAGAUUGCGUGAAAACAAUCCGCAACUGUCAGAGCGCUCACGGCGUCCAGAGUCAGUGCAAGGGUCUACCGCCGGAACACCUGAUCAUAACUCACCUUCAACCAGUUACCCAUACAGUCAUGGUCGAUCAAAUGGGCAGAAUUCCAGGUCGUCCGGCGAGCAUUCCCGCCAGCCAUCUGCGGCACCUGUAACAGGGUUUGAUCUGCGCAAUUUCACUUGUCCAGAAACAUAUGGUGAUACUUCAGCCACACCUCAAUUUCCCUAUUCUCGUGAUGAUCUCCCGUUUACGCAUAUGCCCUCUCCCUCGUCAUCCCAAACUGGCUUUCAAAACAUGUUUCAACCAUCCUCGCAAUCUUCACAAUAUCCUUCCAAUACUAGGAAUGUGCCUCCACACUUUACACCUUCCUCCCAAGCGCAUACGCAGUACAAUCUCCAAACUCCUAAUAAUGAACAUCCUUUACCGUCGCAGAAUGAUGGCGAGCUAGCGUCUUCCAAUAUCUAUGAUUCGUUGAUUGACAUGACAAGCUUUGAGUCACAACUGCUUGACAUGAGUACCACAGCUUUCGGGGGACCCGAAAACACGUCAAAUGGCGAUUGGUGGUCUCGAUUAUUUAACGACUACAUGGGUCCUGAUCUUCACACCAACAUGCCUCCCGCAUGUGGUCGUUCGUCGAAUUCCGGAGUUUGACAGUUAUCGUAAAAGGUUGGCCGAAAUAUUAUAAAGGGGUCGGGCGUAACGAUGUAUCUUUUAUCUGCAUAUCAUUCCUAUACGUUUCGCAGCACUACGAGUAAAGGCCUUUGUGCCAUAAUAUAACAAAUCCAUCCUCAAUGCAACAGGUGAUGC